AUGAUGGAUGAUAGUUUUUGCACUCAGACGGUAGAGAGUUAUUUCGCGUCAAGUCUUGAUAUAGUGCACGUUUUUCCGACCGAAAUAAUGUUUCUGGUUUUUGACUGGUUGGACUUGGAAUCUCUUUGUCUGUGUAGAAGUGUAUCAAUAACUUGGAGAAAGCAUGUGAAUGGCUACUUAGGAAGUUUAUUUUGUUUAGAUUUUGUUCCCCAUCAGUCUGUUCUAACAGAGGAUGGGUUGAGACAUAUGCUAAAAAGUGUGAGUAAUUUGCGAGUUCUUCAUGUGGACAAUUGUUGGCUGAGUGUGACAGAAGAAAAUUUGUUUCUGAUCGCUCAAAACUGUAGCAAGCUUUCUGUGCUAACGGCAAGUAGAUGUAAAGGAGUGACUGAUGUUGGUCUGGAAGCAAUAGCAAGGCAGUGCAAAGAAUUAGCAGAAGUGGAUUUAAGCAGCUGUUUUACGGUGUGUGGUCUAUCUUUAACUCAGUCCCAUUGAACACAAUCUCUAACCUCUUGUCUUUUCUCCUUAAGGCUGUCUUUUACUAGCGACGGAGUUGAAGUCAUAAACGCAGUUGUAAGAGCACUUAUGACCUAGUGGAAAUAGAAAAUCAGAGUUGUGAGCGCAGUCAUAAGCACGAUGUAACCAGAGUCAGAAGAAUCAGAACAUUUCCAUUUUCUUCCGACUCCACUUACGACUCUGUCGCUUACGUUCUGCUUAUGAUCUAGUGAAAACCAGAUUGUCAGAGUUGGAAACAGAGUCAGAAGGAUAAACCAAUCACAAUGAACAUUCCCACCAUUUGUGAUUGGUGAAGUUCUUCCGCUUCUGCAUGCUUCCGACUCUGACUAUCUGGUUUUCACUAGAUCAUAAGUGGAAGGUAAGCAACGGAAUACUGUUUUCACUGGAUCAUAAGCUCUAUGUUUCUGAUUACGACUCCGACUGACUCCGCCACCAGUGAAAACCAGCCUUUACUGUUGCCUGAAUUUCAGACAUCCCUUUGAGUCGUAUACUCCCUCAGGGACAUCUGAAUUAACUUUUUUCAUCUUUGUUAAGGACAACAACAACAACAACUUUAUUGAAAAGCAAUGAAAUACAUUUUAAACAUACACAUUGGCUACAUUUAGCUUAAGCUAUUCGAGGCAGGCCAAUUAGCUUCUUUUAAAUUAAAACAAAUUGUUGUGGUCUUGAAGUGUCCUGUAUGUGUAUUUAUUUCAUUUUUGCAUGACCACCAUUGAGUUUGAUAAUUAAAUCAUGGUGCUAUACAUGCAAAUGAUUUGUUCACAGUACUACAUGCAGUUAACAGUUUGAAUGUUUAACAUGAAUUAUGAUUUGAAAGUAAAGCAAUUCUGUACUAUGUAGACAUAUCGAGACAAUAUUUCUUUGCUUGCCAGUUGAAAAUCGUGUUUUGCUCGUUGCAUGAAUUAAAGUAAGGGAGUGGUGAUGUCACUGGAUAGCAUUUGCAGCUCUUUGAUUCACGUCCCUGAGGGAGUAUGUGACUGAAACAGAAAGUCUGAAAUUCAGGCUAUCCUUACUGUGCAAGUUUCAAAAAUGCUGGACAAAGGGAUUGAACACCCUUGAGGUUUGGGUUAAGUUGGUAUUGAACCCUCCCAAAAUGACACCUUAUUUUAUUGGUAUUAUUUUUUUGUUGGUCCUCAAAUGAAGGUGUCGCCUUUUAUUUAGCAAAAAAGAGACCUAUUUUUGUGAAAAGUCCUCUUGGAAACUUCCAGCCUUCUAAAUAAUGCACUUUGUUUCACUUAGAUUUCUGAUGUUGGCAUGAUGGCUUUGAGUAAACAAUGUUCACAUCUCAAAGAACUGCACGUAAGUAGCUGCUAUGGAGUGACAGACAAAAGCAUUACUGUUUUAGCUCAGCAGUGUCUUGGAUUAACAGAACUGGAUGUCAGCUAUUGCUACUACAUUACUGAUCAGAGCAUUAAACUAUUUUUGUCCCCAAAGUGCAAGCUCAAGCUGCUGAGAAUUAAAGGAUGCAGUAAAGUAAGUAUGGUGUAUACAAAAUACAUGUUUACCCCUGCCAGUAUUUUAUUUUCUUUUAAUCUAUAAUCACGUGUUGUCAAAGUCCACAUAACUAGAGGUUUCAGCAACAAUUUUUUUUAUAGUCAGAUUCAACAACAACUAAACUGUGUAACAAAUGACGCCGUCACUGAAUCAAUAGACUCCCACGGGAGGGAGGGAUGGGCAACGUGCUUGCCCUACAAAAAUUACAGCUCUUAAACAAUAGCUAUGUCUCUUUCAAUUUUUUUUACUAUUACAACGUUCAUUGGUUUGCAGUAAUCAACUGCUUUAUUUUUACAUCAUUCCCUUGACAAUUCUGGCAUAAGUGGUACCACUUCCGGUCUAGAAUGGACUUGAUGCCAGACUCAAAAAUCCUCCAAUUCCAUAAAUGCUAUCUAAGUAUAAAUUUUAGCUCUUUUUAUUUGCAGGUUUCUCAAGGAUUGGAAUCUCAGCUUAUGUCAAAUGGAGUUGUUGUGAACAACUUUUUCUAAUGUAGAGUUAACAGUGCUGGAUCCAGACCUUGAGAUGAGGUGCGGGGCUCGCUCAUGACCCUUUGAUAAGGGUCUGGAUCAGCCUAGUCCCUAGGCGUUCUCUCUUGCCUCGUUGUCCGCGUGAAGUUUGGGAAAGAGCGGGCAAGAGAACGCCUAGCCAAUACUGGUAAAAUACCCCUGAGUUUAGAGCAAUUUUACCUUUUGCCUUGUUUCCUGUUUCGACGACAGUCCGUAACCUCAGCUCCUCCAUCGUGGAGAGAUUCAUUGGCACAAAUUCAAGAAAGAAGUUCAUCGUCUGGUACCUGUUGCUGCGCGUGAAAGUCCUCUUAAGUUGACUACAAAACUUGGUCUCGCGGAUCCUUUUUUACGAAACCGAAACUUUGUUUUUCGCUGUGGCAUGCACGUAGAAACUCUUCGUGUUCAAAUGACGGGUUUUCAGCUACUUUCAGCUGAAGUUGCAGUAACCUGACAAAAGGGCCGCCAUAUUAAUUUUGAUCUGACAGUAUUGGCUAGGCGUUCUCGGCGUGUACCUCUCGGUGACAUUACAUCUUACGGUAGAGUACAGGAUUGACCGAGCCGCGAACACCUAGGGACUAGGCUGGGUCUGGAUAAUUUAUAAUUUUUUUCGGCCCUUCGAGCCUCAGUUUAGUCUAAAAAUAAAGGGAGCCUCGGGCCCCCUAGGCCACUCCCCUGUAUCCGCCACUGGUUAAGGUGCAAGACCACUGCAAAAAACCGUGUGCGAUCAAUCUUGCUCAACGUCGGAUAAAGAAAGAUCGCGAUCAGUCAAAAGUAAUGAAAGUAUGAUAAUACCUUUUACCGGGAAGCUGUCCAGCCCAUUAACCUUUUUUCGUUCGCAGAAAAGGUAUCCCUUUUGUAUUUAUACCUUCCAUUGAAAA